CUCUCGAUAUCUCUCUUUACACAAUCGAGAUUUAUCAAAAAAAUUGUCUUCCUUGGAGACGACAAUGCAGAGGUUCUGCACCAAGCUACGUUCCAUUUCCGUCCAAUCAAAUCGAAAUCUCUCUUUUAUCGGUGCUCCUCACCGUCUGAUUCACCAUUCUCCGUCUUCUCCGAUUUCUCAACUAACCCUAGGUUUCGCCACGACGAGCAAAUGGAGCUUCGUUCCCGCCGCCGCGCGUAGCGGUGUCUCUCCGUUGAAUGCUUGCUCCAUGGGUUCUACUUUUGUUCCUCAUCAUUUUGUCCAAGUACGGAAUAUCAGUACCAAGGAAAAAAUGGCAAAAUGGAAGAAGAAGUGGAGACCUAGGACUCCAAUCACAUCAAAAGUCAAGAAAGUCAAGAUAAAGUUUUAUUCGUCAUACAAAGACAGGUUUAAACCACUCAAUGACGGUACCAUCCGUCGCUGGAAAGAAGGCAAGCGCCACAACGCACACUUGAAGUCAAAGAAAUCGAAGCGUAGAUUGAGACAGCCUGGGCUAGUACCACCAGCAUAUGCCAAAGUCAUGAAGAAACUCAAUUUCUGCAAUUGAGAUAUAGAGAAAGAAAUAGUUCAAUCACUCUUCCAAUUUUUCAAGAUAUUUGCUCACCCCAAAGAUUUAAUCAAACUUUAGUUAUUUUUGUUUGUUUGUUUCAGUUUUAACCUCUAUGAUCACCAAGUAAUAAAUUGGCAUUUUGGUACUUUUCCUCAGGGUUUUAAAGUCUUGUGAAACUUUUUUUUUUAUUUCUUCUCUUUUUGUUGAAUGUACCGACUACCAGUUCAUGAAGAUUU